GUCAGAUGAUAGUGGGUUGGCUUUAUGUGAGUGGAGAAUAACGUCUUGAAGAAGGAGACUCAAGUGAAUGAGCGUUUGGGCUGCACAGGGAAGAGAACCAGCGUUUCAAAACAAAGGACAGGGACAGCUUCUUCACCUUUGCGCCUGCAAAAUCUCUCCACGUUGACUUCCCGUGUGCUUUUCAGACGGUAUCAUGGCUGAGGGAAGCUGCUUCGGUGCGUUGUAGCUGUUGACUGGAUGACCAGAGAAGAAGAAGAGGGAAAAGCAAAGAAGAAAGUAUUGUGAGAGAAGGGAAAACAUCUGCUCAGAGAGGAUAAGAUCAUAACAGGGAAUCUACUGGACCUUUCUCUUUGUAAGGAAAGGAAUUUAAACUCUCCAGUAUCAGUGCUCUUUCCCUUUUAAAGGGCUUCAAAUUUUUAUUUUAUUUUUUAUUUGUAUUGGUUGUUACCUUCUAAGAGUUAACACCAUGUGCCAUGUUAUUGUAACGUGCCGCUCCAUGCUCUGGACACUGCUCAGUAUUGUAGUGGCCUUUUCUGAGCUCAUUGCCUUCAUGAGCCCUGAUUGGCUGCUGGGAUUCCCCCGGUCGGACUCCAGUGCGGGAGUGGACUCCGGGGAGUACCGGCCAUCUCUCGGCCUCUACAGCCGCUGCCUUCGUGUCGGGGCCCGGGGAGUAGGGGUGAGCUGCGGGCCAUACGCUGGGACAUUUGGAGAAGUGGCCAGUGGCUUCUGGCAGGCUGCCAUGUUGUUUCUGGCAGCAGGGGUGUUAGUGCUAGGAGGAGUAGCCUGUAUCUCCAUCUUCAGCCUGUGCUUCCAGAGCAUCCUGAAGAAGAGCAUAUUCAACAUCUGUGGACUGCUCCAGGCUAUCGCAGGUCUGUUGCUGAUGGUGGGCCUCAUGCUGUACCCUGCCGGUUGGGGUUCAGAGAAGGUGAUCAGCUACUGUGGCCCUGAGACCUUGCCCUUUAGGCCGGCUCUGUGUUCACUCGGCUGGGCGUUCUACGCAGCGAUAGGAGGAACUUUGGGAUCCUUCCUGUGUGCCGUUUUGUCCGCACAGGCUGAGAUUGCCACCUCCAGCGAUAAGGUUCAGGAGGAGAUUGAAGAGGGGAAGAGUCUGAUCUGCCUGCUCUGAGCCUUCAGAAACAUUGGGAAACUCCAGGAAAUCAUCCUUGAUGUAAUUUCUCUGAUAUUGCCACUUGUAGAUCUCAGUGGAGGGAGUACAGACAUUGUGUACAGUGAUUUUCUUCAUACAAAUAAUCAGCUGGUUGUUAAGAAGAUAGAAUCCUUGGUAACCACUUUCUAAAUUGUAAGGCAAUGGUGUUCAUGCCUAAAUGAUGAUUGAUGAAACUGCCAAAAAGGCUACAGCAGCAUUACCUGUAGACUUAGCCACUGUUUUUGACCAAGAUACUGUUUAUUUUUGUAAAAAAUAUUUCCUUAAACAAACCACUGUACUGAAAAAGCAGGAGAUUAGUUAAAGAAAUUGGUAGUGGAUGUGUUGUUAGCGUUAUUUUAGACAGGUUAAACACUGCCAGUCAAACAGUGUGUAUGUUUGUAACGUCAUUAUAAUUUUCCUUCACACGGUUCACCUGCAAACCUCAACAAACCACUGAACACAAGCAGAUGUGUCCACUCCGUGUGUGUGUGUGUGUGUGUGUGUGUGUGUGUGUGUGUGUGUGUGUGUGUG